GGGGUCUUCACGUUGCUCUUACCCGCCUGCGCAUCGCCCUCCUUCAGUUUGAGUCGGUGUUCCCUUUUUUGAAGCAGAAUACUAGAGCACGGCAUCUAUUAACAAUUCUUUCCAGAGCCUGCCGGAAGCUUGGAGUUAUUCCACCUUCAUCCUCCCGACUACGAAGGCGGAGCUCUGCAAGAGCCUGCAUAGGCUGCAAGAACCGAACUCUUGUUUUCGCGAGACUAAAGGUCCCUCUGCUCGUAUAAACUGCACGCUGCGACUCUCAGCUUCACCCUGCUUCUCGCGCUCCUCUAUGACCGUUGCUCACAACAUGUCUUCCCGAGCCACACUGGCCAACCCGGCGGCUGGUGAAGAGGGCAAGACACCCGAGUCCUGGAUCAUGGGCCAAGAGGCGUUUGAGCGGCGCAUGCCGCACCACGACGGCAUCGAGGCUCUUUGGGAAACCAAGUGGAAGUUUCCCUGCGUCAAAUCCGUUUACCCCUUUCACGACGGCGCCUACGAGGACUUUGAGCCCAUCUUCAAGCAUCUUAUCGAAAACAACAUCAACGACGGCACCUCGCCCUCCUACACCGAAAGCUUCCUUCCCACAGCCCGCAACCUGACAGCCCAGGCCUCGGCUGCAGCCGCGAAAGGCGACCGCGCCGCGGCCUCGGCCCUGUACCUGCGCGCCUGCGCCGUCUAUCGCAUCGCCCGCUUCCCGUACAUCACGGCCUACCCGGCGGUCAACGAUGCCGUCAAGUGGCAGGCGUGGGAGGAACAGAAGGCGGCGUACCUUCAGGCGGGCGCGCUGUGGGAGUCUCCGGUGCAGGAGGUUAUGGUCAAGCAUCGUUAUGCGAGUGGUGGGGACCGGGGGGAGAUUCCGGUUUAUGUGCGGGUUCCUAAGGACCUCAAGAGGUCGGAGGAGGGGGACGGAGGCGAGGGCGGGGCGUGUCCUGUGGUGGUGUUGAUGACGGGUUUGGAUGGGUACCGGCCGGAUAAUACGAUCAGGUGUGAGGAGUUUUUGAAGAGAGGCUGGGGUUCUGUCGUGGUAGAGAUCCCCGGCACGGCCGACUGUCCGGCUGACAGCGCCGACCCCAAUUCGCCCGACCGGCUGUGGACGAGCUUGCUCGAGUGGAUGGGCGAGGAUGGGCGGUUUGACAUGAAGCGCGUCAUGGUUUGGGGCCUGAGCAGCGGCGGAUACUACGCCGUCCGCAUUGCGCACACCCACAAGGAUCAGCUAGUCGGGUGCGUUGCGCAGGGCGCGGGAUGCCACUAUUUCUAUGACCGCCAGUGGCUCGAGAGGGCGGAUGGACAUGAAUAUCCUUUCCAGUUGUCUCCUCCCAUGGCCAUGAAGCACGGCUUCGCCUCAAUCGAGGAGUACAAGGCGAACGUGCAAAAGAAGUUCUCGCUGCUUGAGACCGGUAUCAUCAAGAAGCCGUCUACCCGCCUGCUUCUGAUCAAUGGCAUUCUUGACGGCCUCAUGCCCAUCGAGGACUCGAUGAUGCUCUUUGAGUACGGCACGCCCAAGGAGGCGAGGUUCUUUACCGGUGCGCUGCACAUGGGCUACCCGAUGGCCAACGAGGCCGUCUACCCCUGGAUGGAGCAGGCCAUGGGCUCGGUGAGGGAUUAAACUGGAGCAGCAUGAUGGUCGAUGGUUCGAACAGGUGUAACUUUAGCUUGGCCUUUCUUCUUUCUCAUAUGAAACAACAAGCUAGUGCCGUAGAUGGCACUAUCGCUUACCUUCCCAUCCAUCCACCGUCCACAAUUAGCACAUGGCCACUCACGUAUGCACUCGCUUUGGUAGCUAGAUAGACGGCGGUGCCCUUGAAGUCUUCGGGGCUCCCCCA